AUGGCCUGCUUUGCUCAACCUCUGUUCGACUCCCGGCAUAAGCUAACACUCCAGUCUGAGAAAGCAAGGCACCAAGCUAUAAUAUAUGGAAAACACCCAACGGAUUUGACAGAUGCCGGGAAAUUUUCCGGGACGGUUCUCAUGGUAAACAAAUCUAUUCUCAUCGUCCACAGGGGAUUUGCAUUUGCUAAGAGCAGAGUUUUUCAAACUAAGCUCGUCAACAUGUAUGGCAAGUGUGGAAGAUUCGUUGAUGCUCGCAAGGAGUUUGACGACAUGACAAAACGAGAUGUGUCCUCAUGUGAUGCGAUCAUCGCAGCUUACAAAGACAUGGGUAUCCUCACUUUUGCCACCAUACUCGCUGCCUGUGCCAAAGUAAGAGCCUUGAAACAGGGUAUGGAUCUACAUGGAAGCAUAAUCAAAAGGGGAUUUUUGUCAGAUGUCGUAAUUGUAAAUGCCCUGGUAGAUAUGUAUACAAAAUGUGGAAAAAUAUACAAGGCACGUGAGCUGUUUGACAAAAUACCCCAUAAAAAUGAGGUUUCCUGGAAUGCUAUGGUUGCAGUAUACACACAAAAUGGUGUUCUUGACGAGGCAUUAAGGCUUUUCGAUGAAAUACCUCAACCGAAUAUCAUCUCAUGGAAUGUCAUGGUUACGCGAUAUGUACAAAAUGGGUUGGUUGAAAAGGCCUUGGGAUGGUUUUUAACAAAUACACUUGGCAGAUUUAAAGCCAAAUUCCACAACCUUUUCCAGCAUCCUCUCAGCCUGUAA